GACUAUUAAUGACUUUUGAUGUUCAUCUUUAAUUAAUUUCUUUUUCUUUGUGUUGGUGUUGAUUUUUUUCUUUUUGCUCUUUAUGUCACGUUGAUGGGAAGAGAAUCAAUUUGUCUGGUAAUCGUUUAAUUGUCGAGGAAAAUUUUGACGGUGGAAAAAUAAUUUGUCUCCAUGGUAAUGAAAGUCAACCGGUUAACUGAACGACGACCUUCACUCGAUUCCAUCUUCAUCAUUUGGAGCUUUCAUCUUCAUGUGUUUGGGUCAGUCAGUAACCUUUAGGUAUCAUCAUCAUGGUGAUGAUCGAUUCUGAUUGGUAACAAUUCUACAUUUAUUGAUGAGAGAGGCUUAUCAACACUAAUUCAACUGUAACAUUACUUUGCUCUCUCUCUUUUUUUCUUUCUCUCUCUCUCUCCUUUCAUCUGUGUUUUCGUGUAAAUUCAUCAUAUCAAAAUCAGUCAACUUACAUCAGGCGAACGGUAAAUAAUCACCAAUUAAAUCAACAAGUGAGAAAAAGAAGGGAAAAUGUAAUUCAAUCAUCAUAACAAUGUUUUUCUAAGUCUUUAUAAUCUUAUCUUCUCAUCAAGAUGAAUCAAUUACUAAUUAUUAUUACCGAUUCUCUUCUUUCAUCUCAUUCUUUUUCUCCUAAUUGUCUUUUAUUCAACAAUAUCUUUAGUGUUACCAAUUUACCAUCUCUCAUGUAAUUACCUUUACCAUGAUAUUUAUCUUAAUUUCUACCUUUGUUGCCAAAAUCAACAUGAAACGAAAGGACAAUUACUGUUAUUUUCACCUGUUGAACCAUUUUUAAUUAGUGAUUGACCCUCUCAAAUUAAAAUCUUUUGUGUGUUUACCAUCACCAAUUCACUCUCUCUCUCUUUCCUACUCUUUAUUAUUCUGUCUUCAAGGUUCUACUAUUGUCAACCAUAGUUUUAACCGCCAACAUUUGAUGUCAUGGAACAAGUUUAUGUUAUUAAAUUGAAAGAACUACCUCAACCUCCUCCACCACCUUCACCAAGGAAUUCAAAUGAACAAACUAUCAAUGGAAUUAAAGUUAAUUCCCCAUUUGAAGGUAAAGAUCUUAAUCGUCAAUCGUUAUUUGGUUUCUCUGUGUUCCAGUUAGUUCUUGGAUUUUUAUCAAUUAUCUUUGCGAUACUUGGUGCUUACAAAGAUUGGACACAUGCAUUCGGUGUUUGUACUGGAAUUUUUUACAUUCUCACAUCAAUGGCAGGUAUUCUUAUCUCCGAAGGUCCAUUAUCAUUACCAUUAGAACAACCAACACCAACACCAUCAACUUCACUUUCAUGGACCAGUUUCUCUAGAUCAUCAACCUUCCUAUGGAUUACCUUAGCUGGACAGUUUGUCAUCUUAAUCAUUUCAACUCUUUUCACAUGGUUAACCAUGUUUGGUAUCAUUUGCACUCUCAAUUCAACCAUAAAUCUCCAAAUUUCUCUAAUAUUUGCAAAUGGUCUUCAAUUUAUAUUUUCGUUGUUCUCUUCUUUUACUAUUUGCCGUAUCCUUAAUCCAGACUUUCUCAUCGAUUAUCUACCAAGUUGGCCUGAUAAGCCCAAAGUUUCCUCUAAAGUAAUCGUUCAAACCUCCAUCUAUCCAAGAGUUUUGAAAAAUGGUGACUUCUCACGUCUUCUGGGUCCUAAUUGUCUUGUCUCUUUGGUCCCACCAAGUAACAACCAUAACAAUAGACGAUUAAACGCAAUAACUAAUGCUAGUCCAGAAGGUCCUCGAAUGGUAGAUCAAUCAACGGAAACUGAUGAACAAUUUGAGGAUAUUAACGCUCAUGUCCUAUCAUCAACACCAAAAUACUUUUCAAGAUCACCAUCGACAAUUUCAUCAAUCUCUACCACCUCAAUGGGAUCGUCUCAUUAUGUACCUUCACCAGAAAAGGAGCAAUUACCAGUUUUAGGUUCAUCUCCAACCAUUGAACCGACAAUUGAAAUUGAACAAGAACAACAAUCAACAACAAGUGAAUCUGCAGUUACAGAAGAACCAAUUGUUUCUACAAUUGUUCAGGCAAACGUUGAAAUUGAAUCAUCUCCAGAGCCAGAGAAAGAAAAUAUUACAAGCUCCACAUUAUCUUCAGAUUCACCAGAAUCAGAUCAAGACUCUUAUUCAAAUACAGAAUGUAAUAGAAAUGAUCAAAUGGACUGUAAACCAUUACAACAAAGUCAACACCCUCAUCAAAUUACAACCACAACUACCACUGCAAUCCACUGAAUAUUUGGUUCAUAUAAAGGAAAUAGAUCUGGUUACCUCAGAGAUAAUCUCAAUAAUCUCAUGCAAACGAGAUUGAUCAAGAAUAGGAUGACCCAAGUAUGGAAAUUACAGCUGAAGGAAACUUUAAGUAGCAAAAAACAAAACCUCCCCUGUGACAAUGAUUAAAAAAACAAAGUUUUACCUGAUUUGGAAUUGUCAAUUCAUCGAAAACCUUGAUUACCGAAUCAUGGUUAUUACUGAAGAAGAAAAAAUCAUUGAUAGAACAUUGUAAAAAAACCACAAGGAUCAUCAUCUUCAUCUUCAUCAUCAUCAUCGACCGCCAUCAUUAAAUGUACAUAAUGUUUUCGUUCUUUGCCCUAGAAGAAGGAAAAAAAACACUCCAAGAGGAAUUACCAAUAGGAAGAAGACAAAAAGCAGCUCAAUAUCUUCCAGCAUAAUCAAUGAAAGAUUUGUUAAUUCUUUCAACUAAUUACUAAAACAAAAGUUCAACUAUUUGAUUCGUUGGCCUCUUCUAAAGUCUAUAAAUAUACAAUUAUCUUAUCACUACAAUUAACAUUUUAUUUAACGAAAAAGAAAACAUCAUUAACCUUCAUCAUCCCGAUAACCCAAAUUGAUCAAUAAUGUUAUCUUAAAUCAUCAUCAUCAUCGUCACAAUUAAUCAUCUCAAUUAACUUUUCUAUUAAGUCUGUGAUCACAAAGAAAAAGAAACUUUUUCUUGGCAAUAUUCAUGUUAUUGGUUUUACAUUUAAAUCCCAAUGACGAUUGGUAUAUAUGCUAAUUAAAAACGCAUUUACAAUUAACAACAACCACCGAGAUACCGAUGAAAAAAAGUAUCUAAUUGUAAUCAGUGUACGAUAAUAAUAAUUUAUUAUUAUAUUUCUCAAUUAACAUAUUGUAACUCAAUAACUCAAUAACCUUGUCUCUCUCUCUCAUACGAUUUGAGCUUUUCCUCAACUCUAAUCAUCAACAAUUUACCAACAGUUAAUUAGAUUCAUAAUUUGAUGUUGAAAAAAAAAUUGUCAUAAAUUAUGAUUCAGUUUAAUUUGAUUUUCAUACAAUCGAUGAUAAUAUUGAUUAAAAUAACUGUUAACUGUAUUAUUAUUAUUUAAAGAAAAUCAGAUCAAAAGGAUUCCAAUCAGAAAUGGUGUCAACCCAUCAUGAAGAUGAUCAAAUUAACAACAA